GUACGAGGGGGCAGGCGGAGGGUGCAGUAAUGGCGCACGGGAUUUGGUCAAAGCGCUCUGUUAGCUAGUGUCGGUGGUAAUACGAAGGAUUGUGGAGUGGAUUAGAGGGAGACUAUGGAUGUCAGAAUGGGUAUCGCACUCACAGCUGCGUUUAAUCGCGGGUAAGGUGACAAAGAGGGGCAUCAAUGAUGAAAUUUGUUUGUACGUGUAUGUUUGUGUGUGUUUUUUUCCCUUUUUCUUUUUCUUUUUUUUGGCUGAGUGGGGGAUUAUGACGGAAGAGAGAAGCUGCAGUCGGGUGAGGGGGGUAGUGAGGGAUGGAAUGAGCAUUGCAAGGAGGAGAGCGCGGUCCACCUUGAAGGACACGAAAUCAAGUGAUGGUGGCGAUUGUCUUUUUCUUGAGACAGUGCUAUAGUGAAGCUUUGAUAACAUAAAGAGAGACGAUUGUCUUGUCUGGAUGGCAUAUUUGAGUUCAGCACUGCAAUUAAGGCAGUUGAUUUCAGGGACGAACGUCGUGUACUUUCGCUUUGUGCUCGCCAUGUUUGAGGCGAUUAGAUUUUCCACUUCGAGUUUCUGUGUGUCUUUUCAUGGAAGGAAGGGGAGGAGAGAGCGGUGGAGAGUUUCAAAGAUUGUUCAAGGGGACAUUGUAGAGGGAGAAACCGAGAGAGGAGGAUCGGGAGGGUGACGAGUGUGUUGGUAGAGGUUUUCGGUUGAGAGGUGGAUAGAAAACGGAGAUGAGAUCUGAGGAUUGGAGUGUGGAGGUGGAGUGGUGUAGCUAAGGCAAGUUUAAUGGGGGGAGCUGAGACGGUAUUUUUUGGGAUAACUGGACGUGUUGAUCACUGUUAGACAACUGAAAUCCGUGCGUGAGCUUGGCUGGUGUAUCUCCAGAGUGGCACUGCUUGGUUUGAGAUGACCAAUACUGGCAGAGGUUGUGUCCUUGGUUCCAAUGUCAUGUUUGUGCGAAACGAUACCGCGAGCGACAGCGGAAUUGCAAUGGUGGCCUCAUGCUCUCCUGCCGCAUUUCAAGUAAAGCAUGGAGCUGUAGGCUUGGAGGAUACUUCUGUUAGUUGUGGGAAAAAUCGCUCCCACUAUCCUACGUUUGACGCGUCGGGUGAAGAUCUAGGAGAAGAAGAUCACGGUGACGACUGCAGUCAGCCAUCCAAGAAGAGAAGGCUAACCUUUGAUCAAGUCAGGUUCCUAGAGAAAAACUUCGACAUUGAGAACAAACUGGAGCCUGAGAGAAAAUUACUGCUUGCCAAAGAACUUGGACUUCGGCCUAGGCAAGUGGCAGUAUGGUUCCAAAAUCGUCGUGCACGUUGGAGAACAAAGCAGUUAGAGCGGGAUUACGAGUCUCUCACCUCUGGUUACAAACAGCUUAAAAGCGAAUUCGAGGCUAUGCUUCAAGAAAAGCAAGAUCUGCAGGGCGAGGUGGAGCGUUUAACGGAAAAGUUGCAGACCGUGCAACCGGGUCCCGCGGAUCCAUCUUUGGAGAAAAGCAAAAAACAUAUUUCAAUGUCUCAUCCUUCUCCUCAAUGGGCUUGCGAAGGUUCCGUAAAGUCGGAAAGAAUACCCGAGAUUGAAGCCAACAACGAUGGCCUGUCUCCAUGCAAGGAGGAGGGUUCGAAGGAAACAUUCUCCGACAGCUUCUCAGUGAAUUAUUUAACUCAGACAGCCCAUGCACUAUGAACAGCGGCUCACUUCUCCCAGUGCCGGAUGAUACCAACAUGUGCUCGCUUGUUUCUACAGAGCUCGUGGGAUCCAGCAUCGUUCACAUGACUGAUGGCCUCUACGAACAAAUGCUUUCUCCCAAGGCGUGCCAACGUAUUUCGGUGAAG